AUGAGUGAACUGAUGAAUGAUGCCUCUUCACUCCCGGAGGAUGUAAUUGAUAUUGAUGUGUUUGAGCAGCUGCUCGACAUGGACGAAGACGAUCGUGAAUUUAGCCGCAGCUUGGUAUGGAACUACUUUGAGCAGGCCGAGACGACAUUUGACAAAAUGGAUGAUGCCUUAUCCAAGCAGGAGCUGAUUGAGCUGUCGACAUUGGGCCAUUUCCUCAAAGGCUCCUCGGCUGCCGUGGGCGUGAUCAAGGUACGCAAUAGUUGUGAGGCGAUCCAGCACUAUGGCAACUGCCAUGAGGCAGAUGGAUCGACUGUCAUAAGCAAGGAACAAGCGCUGGAUCGUUUGUCUCAGACUGUGAAGAAAGUCAAAGACGAAUACAACGAGGCGGCAGCGACGCUGCGUGCCUUUUUUGGUGAAUAA